AGACGCGUCGCUCAUUCGCUGGCAGGAGACAGGGACGGUGCGGGCGGAAUAUCUCCGGCGUUGCUGCGUGUAUACCAGGACGGUGCGGACUGCUCAUCCCCGUGGAAUAUAGAGGGAGAACUGGCUGCAGAGUACAGUGUAUACAGAGUGACACACGCAGCGGAGAGCGGGGGUGAUGAUGAGCUCCGGGCACCCAGGCGGACAACGCAGGGAUUCUCGCCUGUUGGAUUAAUUUGUAGAAGUGACGAGAUUAUAUUGGAUUGUACCUUGUGCGGGGAUUGCGGAGUGUGAGAAGCGAUGGAGCCCUGCAGCCGAUGUUCCCCGGCGGUCAUCUGCUCGCUGCUUGUCCUCGUCGUGUCCGGUUUGGAUGGGUCUCAUGUACCAUUAGCAGACACUAGGUCACAUCCCAAAUCUCUGGAGAAAACUGCAUGGAGGACGUACAAAGAAUCGCAGUGCCAUCACAUGCUGAAACAUCUCCACAAUGGAGCCAGAGUCACUGUGCAGAUGCCCCCGAAUAUUGAGGGACAUUGGGUCUCUACAGGAUGUGAAGUUCGGUCUGGACCGGAAUUCAUCACAAGAUCCUACAAGUUUUAUAACAACACAUUCAAAGCCUACCAGUUCUAUUAUAGAGGAAACCAUUGUACAAAUCCUACCUACACUCUGGUUAUUCAUGGAAAAAUUAGACUCCGCCAGGCAUCCUGGAUCAUUCGUGGGGGUACAGAGUCUGAUUACCAGCUGCAUAGUGUUCAAGUGGUACCUCACACUGAAAGUAUGGCGGAAAAACUCACUUUGUUGGUGAACCAAUCGUGUCCUGGCUUUGUGCCUGAAGACAAGCCCUGGAAGAUAGAUGUCCGUUAUGAUUUGUGGAAAGAAAACAACAGUUGCAGAUGUCUAGAGGUUCUUAACUUUGCAAUGCAUGAGCUUCAGCUAAUCCGUGUGGAAAAGCAAUACCUCCAUCACAACUUGGAUCACUUAGUAGAGGAGCUCUUCCUAGGGGAUAUUCACACUGACGUCACCCAAAGAAUGUAUUAUAGGCCAUCUAGCUAUCAGCCGCCUCUACAGAAUUCCAAGAACUAUGAGCAAUCAUGCAUCGCCUGCAGGAUCAUCUUCCGGUCUGAUGAACAUCACCCUCCAAUAUUGCCUCCCAAGGCAGAUCUAACUAUUGGGCUAAAUGGGGAAUGGGUGAGCCAGCGGUGUGAGGUGCGGCCAGAAGUCCUCUUCCUUACCAGACACUUUAUCUUCCAUGACAAAAACCACACCUGGGAGGGGUAUUACUAUCACUACUCUGAUCCAAUCUGCAAGCAUCCUACAUUCACCAUCUACGCCAAGGGGCGCUAUAGCAGAGGAGUGCAUUCCACUAAGGUCAUGGGAGGGACAGAAUUUGUAUUCAAAGUAAAUCACAUGAAGGUCACUCCCAUGGACUAUGCUACAGUUUCUCUACUAAACAUUUUCAAUGGAAAUGAGUGUGGAGCAGAGAGAUCAUGGAAGGUCGGUGUAGAGCAAGAUGUCACUCACACCAACGGCUGUGUGGCUUUAGGUAUAAGGCUUCCCCACACAGAGUAUGAGCUGUUUAGAAUGGAGCAGGAUUCACAAGGACGGUACUUGCUUUAUAACGGCCAAAGACCAAGCGAUGGCUCCAGCCCAGAUAGACCUGAAAAAAGAGCAACAUCCUACCAGGUGAUGCUUGUCCAAUGUGCCCCCUCAUCCCUAAGACUGGAGAGGACAAUUGAAGGUGGUCAGAAAGCCAGAUGGAACACCUGUACUUGCAGCAUCCACGUUCAUCUGUUUCCCCAUGCCAUACUUGUGUUUAUUUAUACUAUAUUACGUUUGGAGCAGCUGAACUAAGAUGGGAAAUAAUCUUUGUAUUUUGAUAGCAUGGGACCAAGGACUGUUCCUUUGAAGAACUUUUAUCUGUUUACUUGACGCACUUGGAUGCCUGAAAAUUUAUGCCCUAAUUAUCAUUUCUUUUCAUCUGUUCUCUAUUCCGCAUCUUCCUUUAAGUCAACAACCAUCUGAAGCUUGAUCUUUGAACUUCAGCAAACUUGACCCAGCCUUCUGUAACUGCACAACAGUAAUUGCACUUUAAGGCAGCAGACAAUUUUGUAAUUAAUGUAUUUUUAAAAGGAAAAAGUAGUUUAUGCUCCACUGAAGCCCCAAUGUUACCUGUGCCAUAUUGCUGUUGUGACCUCAAUGUGUUCCAGAGUAUUUUGCAGUUUUCUAACAGUGUUGACAAAUCAGGAAUUAUUUGUACAGUAUUGUGCCACUAACCUAAAGAUGAUCCCUUUACACUUUCACUUCUUUACUGUCUGAGGGAGCAACACAUGGACCCCUCUGAUAGCAAAUGAGUUGGAACAUUUGCUGUAUAUAUCUGUGUGUUGUACAUAAAUGUAUAUUAAAGAUUUAUUGAUUUAUAUUAACAUAUUACACAUUUUACACCAAAGAAUAAAGACUUGACACAUUCUG